GUUUGUUUGUUUGUUUAAAGCUGAGAAACUAUGGCUGCACUUGGAGCUGGAUUCAGCACAUGACUUUAAUCUCAGCACCUGGGAGGCAGGCCAGCCUGGUCUACACAGAGAAAGCCUGUCUCAAACAAACAGCAAAAAGAAGUGGGUUCUGUUGACAAGUAUAGUUCUAGAACAGUUCUAGAACUGACCGGAGUCGCCCUAAGAGACGGAACUGAGCACAGCAGCAACCCUUCCCCUAGUAAGCCCUUGCUCAGAAGACUUUCUCAUGGGGAACAUAACCAAGAGGGGGAGCAGAGACCUGGCAGCCGACAGCACCAUGCUGCUGGAGGGGAGCCUGGCCACUGCACUGCACACUAAGCUCUAUGAGGCCAUCAUCAAGGAAGACUGUAACACAAUCAAGACACUUCUCCGAAACCACCCCGUCAACCAGCCCUUGACUAUCCUGGCCAACUCCAGUAGCUACAGGCUCCUAAACCAGACACAGCCUAUCUUCCCCAUCCAUCUGGCCGCUGAAUACCGCAAACCACAAAGUUUACUAUGCUUGUUACAACACGGGGCUGACCCCGAAGUAAGGGAUGCUCAAGGCCUCACCACGCUCCACCUGAUGCUGCUAAACUGGCCAAUCACUUCGACCAUGUGGACCAAACCAAGCACUCGGAUCCAGAAGAUCCUGACAGACAUUCAGAACAAUGCUGUCCUGUGUCUGCGAAUUUUGUGUGACCAUGGAGCUCAAGUUAAUGCUCAGGUAGACAACAGCAACAAACAUUCACCCCUCCACCUGGCCAUAGCAUAUGGGACCUAUCCGGUUCUCUCCUUUUUGGCUCAAAAUGGUGCCCAGGUCAAUGCUCUUAACGAAUCCAGCAUGACGCCCCUCCACAUGGCUGCGGACAUCCUGAAUAAAAACAUGAUAGAGACACUCAUUGCCUGUGGGGCCAACGUGAACUGUGCCAUCUCCUCUACUGGGAACACAGCUCUGAAGCUGGCAGUGUGCACAGCGUCAAGCAAAGCUGGCAGGCUGCUGGCGGCCGGGGUGGGCUGCAUCCGGCUGCUGCUAAAUCAUGGAGCCCAGGUCAAUGCUCAGGACCACGAAGGCCAAACAGCUCUGCACGAGGCAUGCUUUGGAGGCAGAGAGGUGAUCAUCAAUCUCUUGCUGGAAUUUGAGGCAAACGUUAACAUUUUAACAAGAAACGGGGAAUCUCCGAUUUAUAUGUACCUUCAGCGCAGCUCCAACAUCAGAGAUGUAACGCUUCUGGCCAGGCUGCUGUAUCGCACGUACCCUUUAAGGCUGAGCAAUAAACAAGGAGUUCUACCUGCGGGAAUCAUGUUGCCAGAAUUUCACCUCUUAAGGGAAACCCUAAUAAAGCUAUCUAAAAAACCUUUAACCCUAGAGGCCAUCUGUAAAAGAAACAUCAGAAAUGUUUAUGGUGACAAGUACAAAUUCCACCUGAAGCAACUGCUCCCUGCGAAGCUCUGGGAGUCCAUAUACGGCGUUGAUGACUUCACCUACCUCUUGAAAUGAGAACCCUGCGCCCUCAGUGCCGGAGAGCCUCGGCAACUCAACUGUGUUUUCUGGAUAGACGGCUACCAGAGAACACUAGAACUUCACUUUACAUUGCAACACACAAACCUACUGGUCUUUAAUCCCUCCAGAAAAUUAAAGUGACUUGCACAUUAGCUUUCAUAGUC